AUGUCAGAAAUACUCGUCGUCACCUGCCCCUCUGGCAAACAAUGCAACCACCUCAUCCCUUUGCUCUAUAACAAGGGCAAGUGGAAGCUCCGUCUUGCUGCUCACUCGCAGGUGUCGAAGGAUAAGCUGCACUCUCAAUACCCUGAUGCCGAGAUCAUUCAAGUCGACCUGAACUCCUUGCACGACUGUCAAACGCUCCUCACCGGCGCCACCACCGUCUACCAUGUUGGCCCGUCCUUCCACUCUCGAGAGCGUGAAAUGGGGUUCAACAUGAUCGAUGCCGCGGUAGCCGAGACGAAAAGGCCCGGCAACGUAUUUAAGCACUUCGUCUUCUCUGGCGUGAUGGGCACACAGAUCCGAAACCUGAUGCAGCACGACCUUAAAUCGCACGUCGAGGAACGGCUGUACCUUAGCAUUGAGCUGAACUGGACGAUUCUGCAGCCGGCGAAUUUCAUGAACUUCUUUCCUAUAGCUUUAUUGGCUAGCCAGGAGCAGCCUGUUUUGGACAAGCUGUGGAAUCCCGAGGGAGCGAACAGUAUGAUUGCGCUGCAGGAUCUGGCCGAAGCAGCUGCUAAAGUGCUGAACGAGGGCGAGCAGCACUAUUUUGCACAGUACCAGCUGUCGUCUACUUUGCCUAUUCCCGAGACCGAGGUGGCUAAGAUUGUCGGAAAGCACCUCGGCAAGGAGGUUCAAACCAGGGCUCCGACAUUCGAGGAAGGGGUGGGCCGUGCCUUGCAAUACUUAUUUGGCGGCGCGGCUGCGGAGGGAGAACCUCGCCCGGAUAUUACUCGAGACGAGGCUGAAAGGUUGAUACUGUUCUCUAAUCGCCGCGGAUUGAGGGGCAGCCCUAAUGUCUUGAGGUGGCUCCUGGGAAGGGAGCCGACAACCCUUGAUGAGUGGAUAAAGACACAGAUGAAAAUUCAGAGCGAAAGACAGGGGGCAUAA